AUUCCUCCGUCUUCCUAAAAGGGGCGAACAUGGCGAUGGGCAGGAUGAGGUGAAGGAGCGAGGGAGGAGGGGAAGGAGAAGGAAGGAGGGGAGGAAGGAGAAGAAAGGGGAAAAAUAAAGGAAAAAAAAAAAAAGGAAAAAAAAAACAGCAAAAGGAAAAAGGAAGAAAAAGAGGGACGGGGGAUGCAAGCGGAGCUGGCAGCGCAGUAAUUUCCUUCCCCCCCCCACCCCCAAGAAGCAAAAAAAAAAAAAAAAAAAAAAAAAAAAAAUCCGCAAAGAAAAAAAAAAGCAAAAAAGCGAAAAAAGAAAAAAGAAAAAAAAAAAAAAGAAAAAAGAGCGAAGAAAAAAAGAAAGAAAGAAAGAAAGAAAGAAAGAAAGAAAAGCAACAAAUCGAGCGAGCGAGAGAGCAGCCCUCCCUCCCGGGCAGCAGCAGCCACCCAAGCCGGCAGCUCGGCUGUUUUACAUGGAGAGCACAAACCCCCGGCAAGCGGAGGAGCAGCGGGACUCCGCGCGGAGAUCUGUGCAUCAAAAUGCUGAUAGUCGAAAAGACAACUGACUACCCUUCAGCCGAGUACUCCCUGGUGGAGGAUGUAGCCCUCCACUUCACGUGUUUGAUGGACAGACUGAACGAGCAGCGCCUCUUUCAGCCGGACCUGUGCGACGUGGACAUCGUGCUGGUGCAGCACAAGAGCAUCUUCCCGGCGCACAAGGGGGUCCUGGCAGCCUACAGCCAGUUCUUCCACUCCCUCUUCACCCAAAACAAGCAGCUGCAACGCGUGGAGCUCUCCCUGGAGGCCCUCACCUCGCAGGGCCUCCAGCAGAUCCUCAACUUCAUCUACACCUCCAAGCUCCUCGUCAACUCCUGCAAUGUGCAGGACGUGCUGAACGCGGCCGCCGUGCUGCAGAUGAACAACAUUGCAUCCUCCUGCCAGGACCUGCUGGACACGCGCUCGCUCAGCCUGGCUGCUGACAUGGCCCUGCCCGCCGAGGGCUGUGCUGGCCCUCCGCCAUAUUACUGUGAGAUCAAGCAGGAGGUGGAUACCCCUCACCCCAAGAUCUACGCCCGAGAGGGCACUGACCCCUACUCGGUGCGGGUGGAGGAUGGGGCGGGUGGUGGGCCGCUGCCGCCAGGGCAGGCCAAGCAGUACUACAAGGAGGAGAAGGACGGCGGCCCGGGUGCUGUCUGCAAGAUGGAGGGUGAGGAAUCCGAGGAGGACCUGGACAGCCAGGGCUCCUACAACCGGGAACAGAUCAUCGUGGAGGUGAACCUCAACAACCAGACUCUCAAUGUCUCCAAGGGCAUGGAGGGGAAAGCGGCCGCCGGCGAGGCGGCUGUGAUGGGGCGGCCUGAUGGAGAUGGACGUGACACAGAGGAGGAUGGGGAGGAGGAGAACGAGGAAGGAGAGGAGGAGGAGGAAGAAGAGGAGGAUGCGGAGGUGGGUGAGGAGGAAGAGGAGGAGCACAGUGAGGAGGAAGACCUGGAGGAGACAACAGAAGAAGAGGAGGAGGAGGAUGACGAUGAAGACACAUCCGAGAUGAAAAGGGAAAAGAGUGGGCAGACCCGCAGAGGAAGCCGAGCAUCCAAAGCCACCAAAUCUGCCAUGGCCACCCGGUCCCAGGAGAUGGCCAAGACAGAAGAGGAGGAAGAGGAAGAAGAGGAAGGGCAACGAGGGAGGAAGAGGAAAAAAGAGCAAGACGGGCUGGGCCAGAAGGUGAAACUGGAAGAGAAGCAGCACUACCCAUGCAAGAAGUGUCCCCGGGUCUUCAACAACCGCUGGUACCUGGAGAAGCACAUGAACGUCACGCACAGCCGCAUGCAGAUCUGUGACAAGUGUGGCAAACGCUUCCUGCUUGAGAGUGAGCUGCUGCUGCACCAUCAGACUGACUGCGAGAAGAACAUCCAGUGUGUGACGUGUGGGAAGGGCUUCAAGAAGCUCUGGUCGCUCCAUGAGCACAACAAGAUUGUCCAUGGCUACGCUGAGAAGAAGUUCUCCUGCGAGAUCUGCGAGAAGAAGUUCUACACCAUGGCCCACGUGCGCAAACACAUGGUUGCUCACACCAAGGACAUGCCCUUCACCUGCGAGACCUGCGGGAAGUCCUUCAAGCGCAGCAUGUCCCUCAAGGUCCAUUCUCUGCAGCACUCCGGGGAGAAGCCUUUCAAGUGUGAGAACUGCAAUGAGCGCUUCCAGUACAAGUACCAGCUGCGCUCCCACAUGAGCAUCCACAUCGGCCACAAGCAGUUCAUGUGCCAGUGGUGUGGCAAGGACUUCAACAUGAAGCAGUACUUCGAUGAGCACAUGAAGACGCACACGGGUGAGAAGCCCUACAUCUGCGAGAUCUGCGGGAAGAGCUUCACCAGCCGCCCCAACAUGAAGCGGCACCGCCGGACCCACACAGGAGAGAAGCCCUACCCCUGCGACGUCUGUGGCCAACGCUUCCGCUUCUCCAACAUGCUGAAAGCCCACAAGGAGAAAUGCUUCCGUGUCAGCAACCCCUUGGCUUCGGACACAGCGGUCCCUCAGCCUGCCGCCAGCCCGGCCCCGCUGCCCCCCGGCGUCUCCCCACUGCCGCUGCUUCCUCCCCUGCCACAGACCCUCCCUCCUCCUCCUCACCUACCACCCCCACCUCCCCUGUUUCCUGCGGGGAGGAUAAAUUCAAAUAACAACUAGGUGCCCUCCCCCUGCACAGACUGCUCCUUCCUUUGGAAACACCCGGGGAGAUGUGGCUUCGCUUGCUAUCUACCCCAUUCCUCCUCAUUUUGGGGUUGUUUUGGUGUUAUUUUUUCUUUUUUUUUUUCUUUUUUUGCCCACAAAGCCUUUCUCUGUGGAGAGUGGAAGCAGGAAGAAGUCCCCAAGGAGUGUAGAUGUGGAUGGGGGAACUGUCCAUAAGGGUGCAGAUAAAAGACAUCGCUCUCCAUUUCAUCUUGGCCGUGGAGUCCCCUGGCAGCCCUCCACCAGCACUCCCCAUCACUGGGAAAACAGGGAGGAAAAGCCUCUCCCAAGGCAUUUUUCCCACUGGGCAACAAUGAUUUGACCCAGCAAGGUGAUGCAGGCUCCAUUGGCUCCAUCCCCAGCUGAGUUGCUCAUCCCAACCCUUCCUGGUUGCCCUGUCACCAUGCAUUGCAUUCAUCUCCACAUCAAGAGGUUGGUGGGGCUCAGAGGGACGCCAUGCUGUGCCAUCUGGGGUGCUGGCACUUCAAUAUUUAUAAGAAAAAAUCUAGCUAGUGGUGCUUGAAUCCCUGUACUGUAAAGCUGGUCUUUCAAUCAAGCUCUUUCCCCAAGAGCUGAGGUGUGUUGGCUUCCCGGUGGCAUGCAGCAAAGCAGGUGUCCCCACUGAAAGCCAUCAUCUGGCCUUGUUAGCUGCCCUCUCCUCGUCUUCCUCCCCCAGCGCAGGUUUUUCUCUCCAGUAGACAAAAGCACAACACAGGUGCUGUGUUUUGGGGGCAUGGGCAGCCAGCUGCCCUUUUGUCUUUGGGGUGCCCUUCUCAUCCCAUUGAGAGCUGGAUUUCAGGAGAAACUCUGGAGUUUGCAGAGUGGCUUUGGGAGAGCUGGGAUGGCCUCAGGACCAGUAGGAUGGCACCAGGGUAGAGGAGUGGGAUGCAGCUGGUCCUCAGCAGAAUCAGCCCAGAAUAGUGCCUUAACAAUCUGAAUAAACCCCACCUGUGGGUGAGCUCCACGUGUUGGCUGGGAGCUGCUGUGUGUCAUCCCAAGCAUUAGAGUGGAGGCAAGGCCUUUUUCUUGCCACAUCAGGAAAGCCCACUUUGCUCUACCAAGCUUCACCUCCACAUAGGGUCGACAGUCCCUUACUGGGACCAAAAGGGACUGAUGUGCUCAGGCUGUGCCAGAGAGGGCUGUGGUUGGCUUGGUGGUGCCCCAUGAUGUGGUUUAGUACGUCUUUGGCCACACUGUGUUUGUGUGUUCCUUGCCUUGGGAUGUCACAUUUUGCUCUGACCAUGACUCUGUGGUCUCUGUUGUGAGUUGGUCUGGGGAGCACUGCGGGAGCUGCAGAGCCUCCAGCAUGGGCAGAGAGGUGCCAGCCUGGGUGUAGAGGAUUCCUUGCUGCCCAGGGCAGCUCUGCAGGUGUAUGUGGAUGUUGGUCAGGUUGCAGAGGAGGCGGUGAGGAGGUUUCUUGGUGGGUCAGGAGAGAGAGAGGACAUUGAGUGGGCUGCAGGAGCCCUCUUUUGUUUGCACCUGUCUGGGAGGUAUCAGGGUGCUGGGGAAGGUGAGCCACACCUAGCACUGCAGGAAGUCUUGUGCUUCAUCUCCUGGUCCAAAUGAGCAAAGCACGUGUGCGCAUCUCCUGAGCUGGGCAUGGGUAUGUGUCUGUACAGAGCCAGGAGAGCUCAUCGUUGUGCUCAGGGGCUUUGCUGGACAGGGAUGUGCAUUGAGACAGGUCUGAGGAAUGCUGACUGCUCUGAAAGAAUAACGUUUAGCUGACAGCUUAGGUGACCAGUGUCCCCUGCUGGAUGUCUGAGUGUUGACCCCAUGCCUGACAUCCCUGGAGAGCUUGCUGUUCUCAUGGAUUGUUAGCACUUUGUAGUGACAAUUUGCUUGUCAUUGUACUGGAUGGGGUCCAGUGUCCCAGGAUCAGUAUCAGGGCCUCACCCUCAAUCCCCUCUGCCUUUGAGCAGGGGGAGGAUGCGAUGGCAGAGCUGCCUCAACAUAUUUAACCUUCUUAGAUGGGUAGCAAAAGCUUGGCCACUCUCCGUCCUUCAUGACCCUGACAUGGUGCAAAGCUUUCUCAAGCACACAUCUGUGAGGGACAUGGGUGCUCAGUUCUUGGGGCCAUUGGCUUUUUGAAGGGACCAUGACCCAGCCUGGGAGGUGGCUGCUUUGGAGGAGCUCUCAGUAAUACCCUUGGAGGUAUUGGAGGGCCUUGGUAGAGCAAUCUGUGCUGUCUCCUCCUCCACUGUCUCCCAGACCUUAUCCCCUUUGGGCUCCCUCACAUUUCUUUCCACUUGUACUCUGCCUUGAGAUGGGAUGGGAGCCUGCACCACAAGGAGACUUCACCUUGCCUGCGUGGUCUCCUGCAAUGAACCCCAUUGGCCUGCCUUCCUGGUGGACUUCUCCCCGAGUAAAUCCCCCCUCCAACACAUCCACACUCCUUUAUCCACUCACCUGGUGGUGGCUUUCCCCAUCCCUGUGCUCAUCCUCUCCCAGCGAGGACCUGUCCCACUUGGAUGCUGAAGUGAGAUGAGAGCUCUUUGUUGGGACUAACAAAGCCAAGUUUGGUCUGGGUGAGAAGAGCAGGUGCAGAGCACUUGCUGUCCCUCAUCCUACAGCAGCUAGGCCUCGCCACAUCCUUGGAAGGCCUCAUGACUGAGCUUGACCACCUCCAGUCCCCUUCAAGAGACUGCCCGGAGAGCCACUUGGAGACAUUGAGAUGUGACCAUGCACACAGCACUUUGGAGAACCAGAUCCCUGCUGUUCCCUCCCCGCUUCAAGGCCUGGGCAGCUCCUAGGAGUCCAGCAUGGCCUCCAAGCCCUUUUGUCUACACCCUUGUUCAGUCCUGAUGUGUCUUGUCAUGUCUGGUUUUCAUUAACGUACUAAGAGCUCAAAUGAGUCGCUCUCACGGAGUCUUGUCCUGCAUCCAUCCCAGUUGGACCCUGUUGGCACCCUUUAGGUUAGGUGGGGGAUGAGACGGGAGAGUUGGGCCCAUUGCGUUCAAGCUUUUUAUAUUUUAUUUUAUUUUUUUAUUUUUAACUCUUGCACCUUAAUCUCUCACAUCCCUUCUUCGACAGACUGCAAGGGUGGAGAGGGGCUUGAUUCCCAUUUAUGCAGCUCAUGAAUACACCCCAAUGCGAUGUUCAGCCGACAGCUCUGCCUGCACCCCAGACCCGCCGGAGUUUGGUUUUGAUUUUCCCUUUGGUUGAACUCUGGGGAGGGAGGGAGCUGGGCAGGGAGGGUUGUUUUUGUUUUAUAUAUCCCAGGAGCCUGGUAGCACAGACCAGUUAGCCUCAUAAAGUCCAUGAGGUGCAGCUGGCCCUUCGGACCACAGCCAUAACCCAAGCACGAUGGGAAGGUGAUGGACUGACAGAUGGUGGGAAUGGCUGUGACAGUGCAAUAGAGACAAGCAUCCGCUGCUAGACAACUCCACUGAUUCAACUCUUGGUUUGCCUGAAGUCAAGAGGGAAGGACAGAUGGACAGAUGCCCUUGGUUCACACGGACAGAGAGAGCUUCCCCACACGCAGCCCUGCCUGAUGAGACACAACCGCAAUGGAGUUGGGUUGAACUUACAAAGAAAGAACUUUUUCAAAGAACAGCAAAAAAACAGACGUAGGAACAACCUCUGGAACUUGAAGGAGACGAAUGAAACCCCGAGCACUUGCCUCAGAACUAGUUUCUCAUGCCUGGUGUUCAGCUCUGUAUUAUUUUACGACAUUCAGUAUCAGUUGCCCAAACAUGCCAAGUUAAGAGUGUAUCGGUGGCUCUACUAGUGUGAACAAACUAAACGAAGCACUUUAUUCUGUAUAGAUAAGGGAAGACAGGGAGGGGAAGCUUGGAUGCAUUACAGAAGCGUCUUAAGUAAUGUUCUAGGAAAUGUAUUAUUAUUAUUAUUAUUAUUAUUACUUUUUUUUAUGACCAUGUGUAAUCAGUAUAUGUUUAUCUCUAACGCCAAGUACAGCAGUUACUCUCUUUGGGAUGGUGUGAUGAGGGGGAGGCCAACACUGCUGGUUCAGCCCAUCAUUGUGAGGCCACCAGGGGCGAGUCUUGCCUUGUUGGCCCCAUUGGCUGAUGCCUGGGAAGUCCCAAGAAGUGCAUCAGCGCUGCCUUCCAAGCACAGCUCACAGCCAGCCUUGGCACCACGACCCCAGCAUGCAUCGCCAUCCUAAGCUGUCAUCUGCCCACAGGUGCUGGAGCUGCUCUCUGGGCCGUCCGCGAGCACGUCGAGCCAUGGUGGGCUGUUCUGGGGUGUCCAUAGAGGUCAGGUCCUUGGCCAUGUUUUUAAACCUGCUUUUGGCCUCUCACUAAGGCACGUUCAGGGCUUCCUGGAAGUAGUGAGAGGACAGAACUGGGCCUUUCCACUGCGUUCUCCCGGUCUAGAAGUGUUAUGACUGUUACCAAAGAGGUUGCAAGUGGAAGGACUGAAUCAAUAAACAAUUUGUCUUUUAUAAAAGAAAA